CUUUAUCGUGGAGUCCGCCUGUGGCUGCAGUCCCUUCAAGAGGUCAGAGUAUCCGUAGGAGCUAAUUAUGAAUUGGGCUUGGUCCACUUGAACUCAUUGUAUAGAGCCCAACAAAAUGAACGAUUGUAUUGGGCCUAAUAAACAAGGCCCGAAGCUCACUCUUGGGCCUUCAGCCUUUAGCCUUUAGCCUUUUUAUUUAUCAUUUAUCAUUUUUAUUUUUAUUUUUUCCUAUGAUAGCGGGUUUUCCCCAACUUUCAAACCAAAAAUGUCUGCACAGUGUUCGUGAGAAUGCCCAGCACAAGUUCCACCGCCAGCUCCGUCGACAUCAAAACUCUUCGAAGAUCGCCAAGAUUUCUCAUUUCUACUCCACAACAGAACUUUCCCACCACGCGAAGAUCUCUGAGGUUUCUGCAAAAGAAUGAAAUUUCAUCUCCCACACCCCCGACGUUCCGCGGCGCUCAGUCCCCAAUUCGCCAGGUACACUCCUCCCACGCUUCUCUCGGACCUUCUAAGAGUGUUUCUCUUAAAACCCCUAAAUCUAUUCUUGUAAAUACCCCGAAAAGAACGAGUAAACCUGGUGUUGUUUCGAGUAAAAACGAGGUUUCGAAUACAGGGUCGAAAAAGUCUUCGACAUUUGAAAAUGGGUUUGAGGGAAAACGUGUUCCAAGACGAUCUCCUAGGUUAUCCUAUGCGCCGAAGAUUGACGAUGCGCUUGAGGUAGUUUCAAAGAGUUCAAUUUCUUCCGGAGUGCCAUCUAGUGAUUUGAAAAAUCCAAGCCCUAAGGUGAGAAGAUCUCCAAGAUUCAGUAAUGGAGUUGGGGGGAAUCAAAAUAUCGGCAAGUCCCAAAGUUUUUCGGGUCAGCAAGAUGGUAUCGAGAAGAGUAGCCGGAAACGGGACAAGUCUAGUGGUCCGGGUAGAAAAAUUGAGUCAUUACAUGAUCUGAAUGUUGAUGCAAGUUUGAACUCCCAUGGGGAAAAAGUGGCAGAAGAGGAGAAGAGGAAGGGAAAUUCUAAUGAUCAUGAGGGUAUCGCAACAAAAGCUGAGGGAACACGUGUAGUUGAUGGAGAAAUGGAAAAGAAGUCAGUGGCUAGAAGGAAAAGAAAGCGAGAGGAUGGCGUGGUUAGGAUUAGACAAGGGUGGACUAAGGAACAGGAAGUCGCAUUGCAGAGAGCUUAUUAUGCUGCAAAGCCCACUCCACAAUUUUGGAAGAAGGUCUCCAAAUUGGUGCCUGGAAAGUCUGCCCAAGAUUGCUUUGAUAAAGUUCAUUCCGACCAUAUGACCCCUCCUCAACCUCGACCUCGAUCCAGAACACGAAUCACAAAAUCAUCUCCAAUUGAACUUUUGUCACUUUCAGAGGGUAAACUUCUAAAUCUUGAUGGUGUGAAGUCUAGAAAGCCUAGUCGCAAGAGUCAGAAAAACCAUAAUGCACAGAAAGCUGUGAGAUAUUUGUUAGAGAAGAAUUUUCGGGGGGCCCUUAACUGUGAGGCCGAUUUGUUCUCACAACUCGAGCCAAAUAUUAAUCUCUCUAACCAUACUCCUCUUCCAAGUAGACAACUCUCUAGCAUCAAGGAUUUACAUGGACACCAAGGAUUCCUCCAUGAGAGAUCCUUGUCGAAUCACAAGAAACCGCUUUCAAGAUUUAGUAGCUCAGCUGACAGAGUUGUCAUUAGUCCACCGGUACUGAAACAGGUGAAGAACAGGGCCUUGCACGAGAAGUAUAUCGACCAGUUACAUUGUAGGGAAGCAAAGAGAAAAUCAUUGUCAAAAUGCAGAAAAAGUUGCAUCUCCGAAGAGAAGAGUUUGAAGGAAGCCCAUGCUACAAGAACUAAUGAUCUUAGAGCUGCUAAAAAUGCAUUGAUUUCUGAUGCAAGGGAUGCCAUCCAUCAGUUAAAACACUUGGAAGCCAAUGCGGCAAGCAAUGUUCUUGAUUUUGACGUCGAUGAAGAUUUAUAUGACAAUGCCGAUUAUGAUAAUGAAGAUGAUACAUGAUACAUUCCAUUCCUUUAUAUUAAGCUAAAUGCCUUAGAUAGCAUGUAUCUGUAUAUAUGGAGAAUUUUUCUUUCCUUUUUGUGUGUAGUUUACUAAAUUUCGGAAGCAUUUAGUCUAUGUUAACCGCAAUUCUUGAA